AAUGCUGUUCAUUGUCUUUCUCUGCAACGAAACAGAUUUUGUGAACAAUUUCCUCUAAUGGGCAACGAUUUUCGAGGAUGAGGGUAACCACAUCGCCCUUCGUUUGACGCAUUUCGCCUCUAGGGUUUCGUCUCGGAGCUAUCAAUUCCAGUGGCAUUUGAAGUUUCCGGCAAUUUCAACCCUCCGGCAAGAACUUUACUGUACAGAGGCUGUCUCUUUUGAUUCGAAGAUUGUGUAAUAAAUGGCAAUAUCAGUAUGCAGAUAACCACCCGCUCGAAUGGAAGCUAUGAUUAUGCAGUCCAGAUUAUUGACAAUAGCGAAUUAUAUCUCCAAAGGAUUAUGUCUUACUUAUAUGCCUUGCCUAAUCCAUAACAUGGGCUAUGUGGCUAUCCUUAAUGGACACAAUUCAACUCUUUGCUUGAAGUCUGUCCCUUUUCCUCGAAAAAGUUUCCGGACGAGUAGACAUCUACAACAAUUAGCCUUUGCAUUAGACACAGGUGGGGUAUCUAGUAACGGUGGGGGAGACAACCUUGAUGAUGGUAAUGAGUCGAAUCUGGGUCGUACUCGAUUAGGCAGGCUAGUUAGUGCAGGUGCCAGACAGUUACUGGAAAAACUAAACUCAGCUAGAAAGAACUUUCCUACAAAGAUAUUUUUGCUUCUUUUGGGUUUCUAUACAGCCAAUGCUCUUGCUACAAUUCUUGGGCAGACGGGUGACUGGGAUGUUUUGGUUGCUGGUGUGGUGGUUGCUGCCAUUGAAUGGAUUGGUAUACUCAUGUACAAGAAGCCACCACCUCUAUUAACUAGGAGGUUGAAAUCAUUAAUAGUACUGAUAAACUAUUGGAAAGCCGGCGUAUGCUUAGGCCUCUUCGUCGAUGCGUUCAAGUUGGGGAGUUGAAAGAUGUUGCUUCCUGAUUUGAAAUAGAACAAAAGGGAAAAGUAGAGAAAGAAAGAAAGCAAAACAGGAAGAAGAAAAGUCAUCUUAGCCAGGAGGAUCUGAGAGUUCUCCAAACGUUCCUCUACAAUAGGCUCCAACUUUGGAGACAUUGAAGGCUUUUGAUGGGCAAUCAAGGGGGCUGGAGCUGCUUCAAUCCAGGUUUUUCUGUACUUAACCUCCAUAUUCUCACUAUCUGAACAAAACCCUUUUGAGAUUUGGGAUGUGAAUGGUUAUAUAGAACUGUUGAGACAAAUAAAUGAAUGAGUUGGUUAUAGAGAAGAAUGGUUCUGUUUAUAUAUACAUUAUAAGAAAGGAAGGUUUAAGGUUAAAAAUAUGAAAGGAUUUGAAAGUAAUUCGUGUGGCUCUAAAGUUAAAUUUAGUCAUGUUCGGGAUAACAGACCAUUUCCAUAAUGUAUUUGAUUCAUAUUUCUGGAAUUCCUUUUGUUUGGUUUGAGUUAUAAAAGGAAAAUGACACUAAAAAUAGAAGAUUA